ACCCAAAGCUCCAAUAUUCCUAAGCUUUCCUUUUCAUUCAACAGUUUUAUUGAACUUACGCUUUCUCUCUCUCUCUCUCUGGGAUUAUCAAGAUGAACGACCUGCUCACGGAUUCAUUUGUUAGUGAUGCCAAAGGUCAGCCUUCCAGAGAUAAUGAUAUCGAAAUGGGAACACGCGUUCCUGGAAGCAACCCCGAUAUGGGAAUGGCAGCUUUCAACAAGCAGAUACAAGAGGUUGAGAAACAGGUGGAGAAGGUCUCGGUGCUUCUUAAACAACUAAAGGAUGCUAACGAGGAGUCAAAGUCUGUUACAAAAGCUUCCACCAUGAAAGCUAUUAAGAAGCGGAUGGAGAAAGAUAUUGAUGAAGUGGGGAAGAUUGCACGAGGUGUCAAAGGAAAACUAGAAGCAAUUAACAAAGAUAACAUUGGGAAUCGACAAAAGCCUGGAUGUGAGAAGGGAACAGCUGUUGACAGAGCAAGAAUGAAUAUGACAAAUUCCUCGAUGAAAAAGUUCAAGGAGCUAAUGACAGAGUUUCAGACCCUUAGGCAGAGAAUCCAAGAUGAAUAUCGCGAGGUUGUGGAGAGAAGAGUCAUUACAGUCACGGGAACCAGACCAGAUGAUGAGACAAUUGACAACCUGAUAGAAACUGGAAAUAGUGAGCAAAUCUUCCAGAAGGCAAUUCAAGAAAUGGGACGAGGACAGGUGCUAAAUACCCUUGAAGAAAUUCAGGAGCGACAUGAUGCGGUGAGAGAAAUUGAGAAAAAGCUGCUCGACUUGCAUCAGAUUUACCUCGACAUGGCAGUUUUAGUGGAGGCUCAAGGAGAGAUCUUAGACAACAUUGAAAAUCAGGUUACAAAUGCAGUGGACCAUGUGAAAUCGGGUACAGAUGCUCUCCAAACUGCAAAGAGCUUGCAAAAGAGGUCGAGGAAGUGCAUGAUGAUUGCCAUUAUUUUGCUCCUGCUGAUUGCAAUCAUUGUAGUUCUCUCAAUUUUGAAACCAUGGAAGAAGUAAUCAACAGAGGAAAGUUAACUCCCAUCUGCUCACUCUCUCAUAGUAUACAUAAAUAAACCAAAAAGACAAUUACUAUUACAAAGUGUAUGGUUUCUUUCUUUUCUUUUCAUUUUCAAUUUAAUUGCAUCUCUGUAUCACAUCUCUUAUGAGAUGCAUUUACAAAUAAAAGAAGCUAGUACAUUCACUUUUGAUUGUCUCUUUCUGAACCGUGGGUUGUAUGCAAGGCUGGUUCUCCUCUCCUUUCCUCACCAUCCAUAGUUUUCUUUGCUUUGGGUGAGCUAAAUCACUGGUUUCAGGAAAAUUUAGGCAUGGAUAGCAAUUGCUAAAGAACUAUAAGUUGGAUUUGAUUGACUGCAUACUCUUGUGGUAAGUUUCAAAUUUUUCAUUAUCUAACAAAUUGAUAUAAAUCAUGAGAAAUAAUUAUGCAAAAACUCAAUAUACAUAUAAAGUGGGGGGAGGAAUACUCAGCAGAUGGAGGACCAAACUAUGAGGGGAACAGGGCUUAAAAAAGAGUACUAACGCCUACCGGCAAGAAAAUCACCUGUGUCUACAAGGUCGUAUGUCUCAUUAAUACCCUGUUACAGUAAUCCAGUGUUAGCUGCAGCACAAGUCUGUAUUCUAUAAUCGGUAGAGUACUUCUGAAGUAAAAACAGAUUUAGUUUUUGAAACUCUAUGUCAAGUUACCAAAUUGAUGCAGGUCAACCACAGAGCUCCAGUGCUGUAAAGAUUGAUACAUAAUUAGGGCAAGAAAGCAUUGAUAGACUCUUCUUUCCCACCCCCCCCUCCUUUUUUUUUUUGGGUUAGAAUGAAAAUAAAUGUUGAUUUUUUGUAAAUAUCAGAGGCCAUUUAUUCCUAUAUAUUAGAUCUGAAGGGGAAAAACUGUUCCUGGAAACAUGCAUGGAACUCAGGGAAAACCUCCAAAACCAUAAUUGGAAGUCAUCAAGGAAAAGCUGGGAGGGCAAUGAGCAGUAUCCCUGAGGCAGGUCCAGUGAUCUCACCAACUCUCCGUGUUCAGUCGCCCCAGUUCUUUAAUUUCAAUCCAGUGCAUGUGCCCUCCUGCUUUGAUCCUUCAAUUGAUUUCUCAUUAUGAACUCCAUCUUUAUCACAAUUAUUGCCAGUUUCCACAAACAAGGCAUAAGACUAAAUGAACCAUCCAAAAAGCGUUUAUAUUAUCUUCAGUUUCUCCCAAAGCUAUUCAUUCAAUGUUACAAUCACUCCCCAUAUUCUGGCCCUAAUCAUCAACAAGCUCUUAAUCCUUCUUCUUCCUCCAUUUCACUUCAUUCUCAUCUACGAACAUAGAUGCAGUCAGAGGCGCAAUCUCAGCUUUGUCCAAUGGCCUCAGUUACUUAACCAUAAACAAACUUCUUAAUCCUCUGUCUUCCUCCAAUUCACUUAAUCCUCAUCUAGAACAUAGAUGCAAUCAGAGGCGCAAUAUCACCUUUGUUCAAUGGCCUCAGGUACUCAUGGGUGUCAAAAAUGACCAUCUCCAGAGUACCAAAUAGAUGAAGGCACAGUUAUAUUGUCAAAGGUUUAUGGCUUUCCUCACUAAUACCUUUCCAAGUGUUCAUAGAACUCCUUCUGAGAUUCGCACAUUCCAUGUAAUUUUGUCAUGUGUUCUACUUCAGGAUUUCACUUUCAAAAUAGAUGAAUAACUGAAGGAACUUAAAAUCAUACAUGUACAUAUGCAUUUUCGUGUGCAUUGAGUAUAUAAUAUAAUAGAAAUGAGAAAUUAUCAACUCUUGUGUAUCUAUUACACCGUUCAAGUCAACCAUUAAAAAAAAGUCAUGGUAACUCUUACCCAGUUAAUCAAGUGCUGAUACUACUACUCAAACCUGGUUAUCAGCCAUGAGGUUACAAAUUCACUCCAGAAAAAACCUACCAAUGAAUGUUUUUAGUCAUGAAUCCAGUGAAACAAAAUCACCUUAGCUUUAACAAGUUUAAAGCAAUCAACACCCAUUGGGCAGUCUGCCUGAGAAUCUAGAGCUGUGUAAAUUUCUACUUUGCACAGCAACUCUGACAGUAGAAAUCCAAUAACAGGAAAAGCUUAUGCUGGCAUAAAUGCACAAAUAUUUAACGGAACCAGACAACAGACAAUAUGUUAAUCAUAGGCAUUGCGCGUGGGUCCGUAUAUCUUCAUAGCCAUCAUGUGUACAGUAUAUAGAGCAUGCUAGCAUGUGUGUGUGUGUGUGAGAGAGAGAGAGAGAGAGAGUUCCAAAAACUGCACAGUUGCAGCUAGAGUAAAUUGGUAGUGUUUUAUGACUGUGAUUGAAAAUGGCAGAUCCCAAUACAAUACAAAGGAAGCAGAGCAAACAAAAGGUCCAAAAUUACAACUGUAAUAGCGUUGCAUAGGAAUUUGCAAACAUGCACACACUUUUCAUAAGAUGUGUAAAGCCAAAAGAAGUACGGGUCAAAAGUGUGCAUGAAAUGACAAACUUGAUUGAUUGCAUAGCAGAUGUCAAGUCUGGUGAGAGUUAGUAAAAACAGUAGAGAUCGGAUAUCCUGGUUUAAAAUUCAGUUUAAUUUUCUUGAAAUUACCAAUUCAGUAGUAGAAACAAUAUUUCGUUAAACUGAGGCCAAACGCAUUGAACACAAGAAAUUCAAACACAAUGACACACAAGUGUCAGUUGUGAACAUUUCAUAACUAGUAACAUGAAGUAACUUUGAUAUCAAUCUAAGAAUAAACUUGAAGAGGACCAGAUCAUGUUGCGUCUGCUACAAAUUCAUUCAACUAUUUCUGUACAUGCUAAGAAGGAAAUAUUGAGACAUGCACCAGACACAUCCAGUAUCAGACACAAA